UGUUACAUGACUCCGCCCCCAGCUUCCAUUUCUGAACGGAGGGACGCUCGCGCUCUCUGUACUCCUCUCUUUUUAUACACAUUAAGUAAAUAAACUCGGGACUCUGUCUAAACCAGGAGCUCUGCGUGGAGGAAGGGAAUAAAUAGAAGUAGUAGUGAGUCUCGGUAUGCUGUUUGAGUAGUGUCUGAAGCUGUAGGAACCAUUUAAUCACCAUUUUAACUUCACUAAGCGUCUCCUGCCCGCCGCCCCGCUCCCUGAGUCUGACCCCCCUGUGAGAGAGGAAGGGCCUGCAGCGGCGGUUAGGCCACGAGGCGAGCUGGUACACUCGGAUCAGGGCCAUGGCGGAGUUCGGUAACGGACUGGCGGAGGAAUCCCUACUAGAUUCAGAUCCCGGACAUCCCGAGCUGGAAGACCCGGGUGUCGGUGACGAAGAACCGGGAUUAGAAGAGGGAGAGGCCUCGAUUGAAGACCCGGAGCUGGAGGCAAUCAAAGCACGGGUCAGAGAGAUGGAGGAAGAGGCAGAGAAGCUGAAGGAGCUCCAGAACGAGGUGGAGAAACAGAUGAAUCUCAGCCCCCCACCAGUCGGGCCUGUCAUCAUGUCCAUUGAGGAGAAGAUGGAGGCAGAUGGCAGGUCAAUUUAUGUUGGGAAUGUGGACUACGGUGCCACGGCGGAGGAGCUGGAGGCUCAUUUUCACGGCUGUGGCUCAGUAAACAGAGUUACCAUCCUUUGUGACAAAUACACAGGGCAUCCCAAAGGGUUUGCCUACAUAGAGUUUGCAGACAAAGAGUCUGUGAGGACAGCCAUGGCUUUGGACGAGUCUCUCUUCAGAGGCAGGCAGAUAAAGGUGGGCGCUAAGAGAACAAACAGACCAGGCAUCAGCACCACAGACCGCGGCUUCCCACGGGCUCGGUUCCGGUCACGGGGAGGAAGCUUUUCAUCGCGUGCACGCUACUACAGUGGCUACACACCGCCAAGAGGCAGAGGACGGGCCUUCAGGUUUCAGGACCAGUGGAGGCUGACGACCCCUCCCCAGGUGGCGCCGGCCCCCCCCACUGUCUCCGCAGCGUCUCUCUCUCUCUCUGCUCCCGCUAUGCACACUCACCCCAUCCUGUCCGUGUGGGGGGGCGGGGGAGGGGGGCAGGGUGACCACAGGCCUGCUGCAGGGGGCAUUUACUACAACAGCAAACGCUGAUGAUGCUUUUAGUCCCCUUCACACCUCAACUCACUCACACAUGGAUGACACACACACACACACAUACACGCAUACACACAUACACACGCAUACACACGCACAUACACGCAUACACACGCACACACAUACACAUACAUGUUCAACACACACAUGUUCAACACACACCACAGCACAUUGCAGUACAGGCAGCACUUAACAGGCAGCCAACCCAACACAUAAUUUAUAUACGGAGCUGAAGACAGCUUAGCGGAGAGGCAGGCAAGUUUGUGUGAGAGUGAGGAGGCAGGACCAGAGACCAGUGUUUUUUGGGGUGCUCAGUACGGAACUUAAGGCGCCCCGUUCUCUGACAACGUGCAGUGAAGUCACGGCUUGUCUGAGGAAGGCAGACGAGCUAACGGCAUUGAUUAUUAAUUUAAUACAUGGAGUGUGCGGGAGCUGAUGUUUUAGGGCUGGGGAAGUCAGGUGUGGGGUUUGUGUGGAGCCUUUUUUUUUCUUUUUUUGAAAGGGGGAGUGGGUUUGAACAAAUGUUUUGCUUUUUUAAUUUUUAUUUUUAACCCAUGAGUCUGUAAUUAGGGAAAAAAAAAAUAAAGACAUUGUGUAAAAAUGA